AAAAAAGGCGCGAGUUUGCACUUUGGAAACGGAGUUGUUUAUCAUGAAUGUGUAGCUAUGGGAAUUUUAGGUUUAUCUAAGCUUAUUGCCGAUUUGGCUCCACAAGCAAUACGAGAAAGUGAAAUUAAACAUUUUUUUGGCCGGAAGGUGGCCAUCGAUGCUUCUAUGUGUCUCUACCAGUUUCUUAUUGCUGUGCGAUCAGAAGGGGCACAACUAGCCACUGCUAAUGGAGACCCCACUUCGCACCUAAUGGGAAUGUUUUAUCGGACCAUUCGCCUGCUCGAGAAUGGUAUUAAGCCAGUAUAUGUUUUUGAUGGGAAACCACCUGAUUUAAAAUCUGUAGAGUUGGCGAAACGAGCAUCACGUCGUGAAGAAGCCGAAAAAGCACUUAAAGUAGCUACGGAAGCUGGAGAUGUAGCCGAAAUUGAAAAAUUCAAUCGUCGAUUGGUGCGUGUUACCAAAGAACAUAACCGCGAAGCAAAAGAACUUCUGCAUCUAAUGGGAGUACCAUUUGUGGAGGCGCCCUGUGAGGCUGAGGCACAGUGUGCCGCUUUAGUGAAGGCUGGUAAGGUUUACGCCACAGCCACUGAGGACAUGGAUGCAUUAACCUUUGGAUCUAGCAAGCUUUUGCGAUAUCUGACAUACAGUGAAGCUAGAAAAAUGCCAGUUAAAGAAUUUAGCUAUGAUAAAUUGCUUCAAUUGCUAGAGUUAACAAGUUCUGAAUUUAUUGAUUUGUGCAUUUUGCUCGGUUGCGACUACUGCGAGAGUAUUAAGGGCAUAGGUCCGAAAAGGGCAAUUGAGCUGAUUACAUCUUAUCGAGAUAUUGAGACUAUUUUAGAAAAUAUAGACCCAAAAAAAUACACCAUACCUGAAAAUUGGAACUAUAAAGUAGCCCGAGAAUUGUUCAUAUCACCUGAAGUCGCUGAUGCCAGCAGUAUAGAACUAAAAUGGUCGGAGCCAGAUGAAGAGGGACUAGUUAAGUUCUUAUGUGGUGACCGCCAAUUUAAUGAGGAUCGUGUGCGCGCUGGUGCAAAGAAGAUAUUAAAAUCAAAAAACGCUCAAACGCAAGUGCGUCUGGAAAGCUUUUUUAAGGUGUUGCCUAGCACAUUAAGUGGCGAUAGAAAGCGCAAGGCUGAUGAGGUAAAAAAGAGCUCAAAUAAUAAGAAACAAAAAGGGAACAGUAGUGGCAGAAGACCCAAAUAAAUUUGGUUUAAUUACAAAUACAAGUUGUAAGAUUUUUUAAUGCAAACAAAUAAAAUAUAAAUUUAUAAAAGUU